AUGUUUAUCAAUAACUGUUCUAUCAAACUCCAUGUUUAUCAAUAUCUGUUUUAUCAACAUCCAUGUUUAUCAACACCCAUGUUUAUCAAUAACUGUUCUAUCAAACUCCAUGUUUAUCAACACCCAUGUUUAUCAAUAACUGUUCUAUCAAACUCCAUGUUUAUCAAUAUCUGUUUUAUCAACAUCCAUGUUUAUCAACACCCAUAUUUAUCAAUAACUGUUCUAUCAAACUCCGUGUUUAUCAACAUCCAUUUCUAUCAAACUCCAUGUUUAUCAACAUCUGUUUUAUCAACAUCCAUGUUUAUCAAUAUCUGUUCUAUCAACAUCCAUGUUUAUCAACAUCCAUGUUUAUCAACAUCUGUUUUUAUCAACAUCCAUGUUUAUUAAUAUCCAUGUUUAUCAAUAUCAGUUCUAUCAACAUCCAUGUUUAUCAAUAUCUGUUCUAUCAACAUCUGUUUUAUCAACAUCCAUGUUUAUCAAUAUCUGUUUAUCAAAAUCCAUGUUUAUCAAUAUCUGUUUUAUCAACAUCCAUGCUUAUCAAUAUCUGUUUUAUCAACAUCCAUGUUUAUCAAUAUCUGUUUUAUCAACAUCCAUGUUUAUCCAUAUCUGUUUUAUCAAAAUCCAUGUUUAUCAAUAUCUGUUUUAUCAAAAUCCAUGCUUAUCAACAUCCAUGUUUAUCAAUAUCCAUGUUUAUCAAUAUGUUUUUAUCAAAAUCCAUGCUUAUCAACAUCCAUGUUUAUCAAUAUCCAUGUUUAUCAAUAUAUGUUUUUAUCAAUAUCCAUGUUUAUCAAUAUCCAUGUUUGUCAACAUCCAUGUUUAUCAAUAUCUAUUUUGAUCAACAUCCAUGUUUAUCAUCAUCCAUGUUUAUCAAUAUUUAUUUGAUCAAAAUCCAUGUUUAUCAAUAUCUGUUAUCAGAAUCCAUGUUUAUCAAUAUCCAUGUUUAUCAAUAUCCAUGUUUGUCAAAAUCCAUGUUUAUCAAUAUCCAUGUUUAUCAAUAUCUGUUUUAGCAGAAUCCAUGUUUAUCAAUAUCCAUGUUUAUCAGAAUCCAUGUUUAUCAAUAUUCAUGUUUAUCAACAUCCAUGUUUAUCAACAUCCAUGUUUAUCAAUAUCCAUGUUUAUCAAUAUCUGUUUUAUCAGAAUCCAUGUUUAGCAAUAUCCAUGUUUGUCAAAAUCCAUGUUUAUCAAUAUCCAUGUUUAUCAAUAUCUGUUUUAGCAGAAUCCAUGUUUAUCAAUAUCCAUGUUUAUCAAUAUCCAUGUGCCAAUAAAACGUUCCCACUGAUGUACCCUGUAACCUCUUACAGUCAUACUAUCACCACCUCCAUGCUUCAUAUCAUCCCUCAGUCUGAGUGAUAGGACCCUUACCCAUCAUUACAACCACACCAGACACUCAUAGCUGGCUGUCAUCGACCCCUAACCUGUCUGUCUGUGCUACUGCUAGUACUACAUCAACUCUGAUGCCAAUGACUCCCUAUUUUAUGGCCAAAGUCUAUGCGUAAUUAGACUCAUCUGGACUGACAACUUGAAUAACUGUUUGGACAAUAGAAAAAGACGAAGAAGAAGAAAAUUAGGAAGUGGAGUAAAAGGGAAACAUGCUGUUUGAUUACAUAAUAUUUCUAGACAUAUUUUAUGCUUACCGCAGAUAACGUUUUCUUAAUGUAAAUUGACACAUUAUUUUUCUUGAUGAAUACGAUAGCAUUCUACUGUGGAUUUUUAGAAUACUUAUUUAUUUUCUGUUGAUUUACGUCUCCACCAUGUAUUACUGUUACUAUUAAACACAUCCCAAUGCCA